ACCGAAACCCUAAAACCUCGAAAGUGCUCGCCGGCGAGAAAAUAUGGCGACAACCAUCGAUCGUAUCUCUCGUACAUUCCUAGCUUCAAGGAAUCAAAGUCCAUACCUAAACAAACACUUGAAACCAAUAAGGUUGUGUUUCUCCAACUUUGGUUCAUCAUUCCCAAAAUCAAGUUUGCAAAGAAAGAUUGUUCCUCUCCUAGAUGUGGACUUUGCAUCAUCAUCAUCAUCAAUCAACCAUAUAUUUGUUCAUGACCGGAGGCUAACAAAGCCUGUGAGAACAUUGAGAGCAUCUAAAGAUGAGAACUCGAUCCCAGGAGCAGCAAACGUAUUGCUAAAGAGACUUUUCUUGACUUUUAACAUCAUCAUGGGAAUGCUUCUGUUGGCAAUUAGCGAGUUCUUCCCAUUGAUUGAACUCAAUAGACGGUUAGGGAUGUAUUUUAUGAUGGUGUUCGGGUUAAGUUGCAUAUGGUGCCUUGUGGACAGUUUAUUGUGCGUAAUGGCAGGAAUCUAUCGUCUGAUUCAUGUAAUCAUUUCCACAUUCAAUUGGCCGGUUUUGAGAACGUUGCUCUACUACUCUUUCAUUGUUUUGAAAGAAUUACUUGUUUUUUAUUGCAAGCUAAGAAUUUGUGAAUUUUGUUUGGGCAUUUUUAGUCUUGUAAUGAUUCUUUCUGAUUUUAAAUAAGAGUGUGUUUCUCCAACUUUGGUCCAUUCCCCAAAUUAAAAUUGUCAGUAAGUCCACAAAGACAGAUUGUUCCUCUUUUAGGUAUAUUUUGGUUUUCAAAUAUUAAGUCUUGGUUUUUAAAACAUUCCCCAAAUAUAUAGCAAACGCAAAUGUGGAUUUUGCUAUAUAUAACACUUUACACUGAAAACUAAUUCCCCAAAUAUAUAGCAAACGCAAAUGUGGAUUUUGCAUCAUCCAACCAGCUCUUUGGUCAUGGUUUGCCUCCAUUAGCUCUCGGUUCGAGAAGAAACCUGAGACCAAGAAAGCCUGCGACUGUGAAAGCAUAUUAUAAAGAUUCAAGAUUUGAAAACUUUUCAAGAUUCAGAUUACCAAAAACCGAAGAGAGACCUGAUUGGUUUUGGAUGAUCAUGGCGUGUGUACCCUAUUUGAUAUCCCAAAAUGUCUGAGAUAUAUUGGUUUCUACAUGAAACCUUUUCUUGAACAACACGGCGGUGCCAUUGGAGAAACGAUCACAAACUUGAUACCAGGAGCAGCUAACAACUUGCAACACAAGUUUUUCAUGGUGUACUGCGUCUUAGGGUUCUUGUGGAUGGAAAGAACAGAAACUUACCUCAACCUCAUUACUUUAGGUUUCAUAUAUGAUUAUGGGAAUGCCUUUAGAAACAGCAAUGCAGAUCAUAUGGCGCACAAGCGAAUUCUUCCCGUUGAUUAACUUCAAUGGACGUUUAGAUGAAACCUAUCCUCAGAUUCCAAUAAUCCAAUCAUUAGCGAUGCUGCGUAUAUGCACUCACGAUUCAAUUUGGGAGAUUGGCCAAGGCUUUGAGAUUUCUCAAGCCUAAACCUAGCCGUUAAUUCUACUCCUUUCUAAUUGUGUAAUACUUCUAAUUUGGUGUUUUUCAUUAGUUUUUCUUGAGCAAAAAUAGAUAGUAGUUAUUUAUUUCAAAAAAAAAAAAAGAUAGUAGUAAACCGGCCUAAUUGAA